AUACUUUGAUAGAAUCGCAAAAUGUUCGCCAACUCAACUCGCAGCUUUUUGCGUACCAGCAUCUUCCAUCGCUGCAAAAGCACAUUGGUGGUAGCCGAACACAAUAAUGAGGCUUUGAAUCCCAUCACAUUGAACACCAUUGCUGCUGCCAAGAAAAUCGGUGGCGAUGUUACCGUUUUGGUAGCUGGCACAAAAUGUGGCCCCGCCUCUGAAGCUGUUGCCAAAGUUGAGGGUGUUGCCAAGGUUUUGGUUGCUGAAAAUGAUGCCUUCAAGGGUUUCACCGCUGAAUCACUGACACCCUUGGUUUUGGCUGCCCAAAACCAAUUUAAAUUCACCCACAUCUUGGCUGGCGCCACUGCCUUUGGCAAGAAUGUUUUGCCACGCGUUGCUGCUAAAUUGGAUGUCUCCCCCAUCUCUGAAAUUAUUGAUGUCAAGAGUGAAGAUACCUUUGUGCGCACCAUUUAUGCCGGUAACGCUGUGCUCACUUUGCGUUCCAAAGACCCCGUGAAGGUCAUCACUGUACGUGGCACCAAUUUCGCCCCCGCUGCUGCUACUGGCGGUAGUGGUGCCGUUGAACCUGCACCUGCUGGCGACUACGCUCAAAGCCUUACCGAAUUCGUUAGCCAAGAAUUGACCAAGUCUGAUCGUCCAGAAUUGACCAGUGCUAAGGUUAUCAUUUCCGGAGGUCGUGGUUUGAAAUCAGGUGAUAACUUCAAAUUGUUGUACGAUCUUGCUGACAAAUUCGGCGCUGCUGUUGGUGCUUCUCGUGCCGCUGUCGAUGCUGGUUAUGUGCCCAAUGACUUGCAAAUCGGUCAAACUGGUAAAAUUGUUGCCCCCGAUCUAUACGUUGCCGUUGGCAUCUCCGGCGCCAUUCAACAUUUGGCUGGCAUGAAGGAUUCCAAAACCAUUGUUGCCAUCAACAAGGACCCCGAGGCUCCCAUUUUCCAAGUUGCCGAUAUUGGUUUGGUAGCUGAUUUGUUCAAGGCUGUUCCAGAAUUGACUGGCAAAUUGUAAGAAAAGAAU